ACAGCAGAUAAUUACAUUCUCACGAGAGGAAGAUAUAUAGACAGAGAAGGAGAGAACGAAAGAUUAAAAGAGAGGUUUUUUUUACAGGAACCCAUGCAAUACAAAAAGACACAUGGAGUUCCAUUACAGCUUGUCAGACUAAUAUUCUGACAGGUUCACGGUAUACAGGCAAUAGAUUUCUGCAGCGAUGGAUCAACCUCAUGGACCAGACAGAGAGAGAGAACCUCCAGCAUUACCUAUCAAACAGCGGAGGAGUCACUACUCGGGAGGUUCCAGUGUUAGUUCCAAUGUGGACCUAGAGUUGGAUAGGAGUGUCUCUAGCCUGUUGGGAUACCAUGCCCAUGAGGGCCAUAACUCCACAGAUGUGUUCCUUACUGCCACUGACUGCCAUGCUCCUCAAUGUCCCAUACACCAGCGCUAUGAUCCUUCUUACUGUCAUCAAGAGCGUUUUUUCUCAGAUAGUGUCACUCCACCACCAGUGCCCAAAAAAAGAUUGAUUCGUACCAUGUCUCUACCUGGGGUCCCCCUUUGUCCCCUCUCAACACCACCCGUACAGCCAUUAUCUCAGCUGAACUUUGAUACACCUGACGAACAGCUUUCCUACUUCUUUAGCAGUUUCUUCAACCAGGGGGACCUUUCUCGAGGUAUUCAGCAUCGCCACCUCCUGUUUCUUAGGAGUAUGGCACAGCGCCUGGAGGCCAGGGUUCUCCUGAAGAGAGAGUCCAAAGAAGGGGCUGGUCCAUUCCAGCCAAAAGACUUCCUGCUGUUUGAAAACAACCCACCCAUUCAGAUAGCAGGUUCACUCUACUACAGCCUGCAUACUCCAAAAUUUCCAGACAGAAUACUUGCUGCUAAGGGGCAGCUCAGAGCCCUGCUUGAGUACUGCCUGCACAUGAGUGACAGUGCUUCGGGUCAAAAUACACAGAGCUCAGAUAAUGCCAGCCAGAGGUCUCCAUACCAACCAGGGCUUCGUAAGCUAGCUUCCUGGCUUCAGGAUGAGAGCAGCAAACUGAAGAUAGCAGAAAUACUGGGGGUCCUACAGGCUGUACUCUGGGGUCCACGUGAGGCACUCUUCCGGGUAAACCCCAACAGGCUUUUCACGCUGCAGAACUGGCUGUCAGUCAAGCAGGCCCUUAUGUUGCUGAAACUGGCUGAGAGAGGGCUGAUUCAGGACCUGCUGGGUUUUGACUGGGAGCACUACCUUUGCCUGCAAUACAUCUCCUUUACAGACUCUGAGACUGUGAUGAAGAGCACGGCACGACUAGGACUCCACAACACAGAGGACUAG